AUGGUGAGUGUGGUUAAAAAGAAGUGCCCUCAAACACCAAUUGUGCUCUACAUUAAUGGAAAUGGUGGACUUCUUGAACGGAUGAAGGGAACUGGAGUUGACGUGAUUGGUCUUGACAGGACAGUGGAUAUGGCGGAUGGAAGGAAGCGCCUUGGAAGUGAUAUUAGUAUACAAGGAAAUGUCGACCCUGCUUACCUAUUUUCUCCUCUUCCCGCCUUGGAGGAUGAAAUUAAAAGGGUUGUACAAUGUGCAGGGACAAAGGGCCACAUCCUCAAUCUUGGCCAGAGAGUUCUCGUUGGUACACCCGAGGAAGCUGUUGCACAUUUUUUCAACGUUGCAAGAAGCUUAAAGUUCGAUACGAAGUCGGGGCAUCCAAUUUGGUGGCUUGAAACCUGA